AUGGAGGGGCUGUUGGGGAAGCUGCGGCACUUGGCGCACUGCGCCGAGGACUUACUGGACGAACUAGACUACUUCCGCAUCCACGACGAGCUCCAUGGCACAUACGAGGCGGCCGACCACCAUGCCAAGGGCGGUGUCCACGACCUUGUCCUCAAUAGUCGUCACACCGUCAAGGCCGUUGGCAAACUGGCAUUUGUAUCCUCACGCUGCUGCUGGUCUGCUACCAGCCCUGCAGGUGAUCAAGUAGAGGAUGCAAGACAACAGGUUAGCUGUUCCGCUUGGCCGCGUGCUAGGAAGAGAUCACACGGCAAUUCCUCCUCAGCGUCAAAUGCCAAUCAGGAGAUCAGCGGAUGCAUGCCCAAGCUCGGUAAACUCCUGCCUUGCUCAUCUUCCCCAGAUGUUCCUGAUGAUAAUCCUGUCCAGUCAACUAUUUUUGGUGCGCCACUGAGAGAGCAUGCGGAAGAGACACCAAUGCAGGAGUUUAACAGGGCUGUUAUCUCAGAGAGAAUGAAGUGCAUUGUAGAGCAACUACAGCCCUUGCGUACAGAGUUCACCACUAUUCUGCAGAGUUGUGGCCAUAACACUGUUCCAGGCAUUACCCAUAGUCGUCCCCUCACCACUGCUCGAAGUAUAGAGCCAAAAUUGUAUGGGAGGGAUCAGAUCGUGAAAAACAUCAUACAUGAUAUAACCAAGGGUAAAUGUCAGAACAAGGAUCUAACUGUGCUUCCGAUUGUCGGUUCGGGUGGGAUAGGGAAAACAGCUCUGAUACAACACAUAUAUCAUCAUAAAGACGUCCGAAAUCAUUUUCAAGUACUGAUCUGGGUAUGUGUAUCCCUCAGUUUCAAUGUAAGUAAGCUGCUUGAAGAUAUUAAAAAUGAUAUCCCUGAGGUUAAAGAGGAAAAAGGGGGUAAACCGGAUGAGUUGAUUGAACAAAGAUUGAAAUCUAAAAGGUUUUUGCUUGUAUUGGAUGAUAUAUGGGGGAUUAGUACUGAGGAUGAUUGGGAAAAGUUAUUGCUGCCACUCAAAACAUCAGAAGAAAAGGGCAACAUGAUUCUACUCACAACCCGGUUUCCAGCAGUAGCAAAGAUGGUUGGAACAAUUGACCAUUCAAUAAAUUUGGAAGGUUUGGAACCUAACUAUUUUAGGGAGUUAUUCCAUGCAAUUGUCUUUGGUGAUGACCAAUGUAGACAAGAUCACAUUUUUUUGCUUGAGACCGGUGAAAAGAUAAUGGUAAAACUAAAGGGAUCCCCGCUUGCAGCAAAAACUGUUGGUAGAUUACUGAGAAAAGGCCUUAAUUUACGUCAUUGGAGAAAGGUAUUAGAAAGUAAAGAGUGGGAGAGACAGACUGGUGAAAAUGACAUUAUGACUGCCUUGAAGCUUAGCUAUGACUAUCUUCCUUUUGAACAACAACAAUGUUUCUCAUAUUCUGCAUUGUUUCCCGAAGAUUACGGAUAUAGUGCCACCGAGCUAAUCGACUUGUGGAUAGGACUUGGUAUUUUGCAACCUGAUGGUCAGAACCCAACAUUGGAAACUAAAGGUUUGAAUAAUUUAAAUGAUUUGGUCACACAUGGAUUUUUCAGAGAAGAAAUUUUUUGUGGUCGUCUGCGUUAUGUAAUGCAUGACCUACUACAUGAUUUAGCAUUGAAGGUUGCAUCAAAUGAAUGUCUUACUAUGCAUCAUUCAACUGUGGGGCCUGUAGAAAUUCAUCCAAGCAUACACCACUUGUCUAUAAUCGUAGAUGGUAAUGAUACAGUGUCUCAUGAAAACUUCAAGAGUCAACUGAGAAAACUGAAGACAAGAUUGAAGGUUAAACAAUUGCAUACUUUGAUGUUAUUUGGAGUUAUGGAUGAAAUCAUGGCCAAUAUUUUGGGUGAUUUGUUUAGGGAAGCAAGUGCUCUUCGUGUUCUCUGCUUGGUUAAUAUGUCGCCUUCUGUGGAGUCCAUGUUACAUAAAUUUCCAACACUUAUCCACCUACGAUACCUACGUCUGGGAAAAAGGUACGGGACAGAGAGGCAUUUACCACUUGCCAUUUCUAGAUUUUAUCAUUUGAGGAUUCUGGAUCUAAGAUGGCAGUAUGACUGUCGUGAUUUGCUCAAAGACUUGAGCAACCUUGCAAAAUUGUGUCGUUUUUAUACCCCAACAGAUGAGUUACAUUCUGAUAUUUUUAAUGUGGGAAAACUUAAACUCUUAGAAGAGUUGAAGAAAUUUAGAGUCAAUAAAGAAAGUGAAGGAUUUGAACCAGAGCAACUAGAACAUUUGACCGAACUAAGGGAGCUUGGCAUCUAUAACCUUGAGAAUAUACACACGAAAGAAGAAGCAGCCAAAGCAAAAGUGAUAGAGAAAAACUACUUGGAGAGGUUAACAUUGGAUUGGGAUAGUAACCGGUCUAAUAGUGAGCCUGAUGUGGAAGCAAUGGUUCUUGAGAGCCUUCAACCACAUAAAUAUCUUAAAGAAUUGUGCAUUAGAGGGCACAGAGGCCCUUUUUGUCCAACAUGGUUGGGUGAUGAGCCUGAUGUUGAACUUCUACAAUCUCUUCAUCUCGAUGAUGUUUCAUGGGAAAAUCUUCCUUCUUUCGGGAAGAUGUUGGAUCUUCAUACAUUAAUAUUGAAACAUAUUGCCGCAAUGAAGGAGUUUGUCAUAGAGCGAAGCUUUUCUAGGCUGAUAAGGCUUGAACUUGUUGGCUUGGAAAGUUUUGGAGAAUGUGUACUAUCACAGGAUUCUCAUCAUAUGUUUCCUCUUUUGCAAGAACUGAUUAUAAGGGACUGUCCUAAUCUUUUGGAGCUGCCAUUUUCAAACCACAUUGCUUACCCACCAGAUCAAGACUGGAACAGUGAUUCGUUUGCCAAAUUGCAAGUGCUUGAGAUUCAAAACUGUCCAGAAUUCUUGUUAGUGCAUCGUAUCCCGUGGACUGAAACUUUACAUAGUGUCUUUAUAAUGGAUGUAAAGCUACUACAAGACCUAGAAUAUACAAAGUACGACUCAAAAUCAUCCAAAUUGGUGGUUACUGGGAAGGAUGAACUGCGCAGCUUAGAUCGGGUGUUAGCAUUCAAUAACCUGACAGGGCUCGAGUGUCUGGAACUUGACAAGUGCCCACCUCUAGAGUUGAAGCACAUUGUGAUGUUAAACUCAGUGAAGUAUUUGGAUGUAGUAUCAGGUGAUCUGGUUGGGCUAUUAGGUCGUCAGAAUGAUUUUGAAUGGCAGCUCCCUGUUGAGCAUCUUGUGGUCAAGGACUUACGUGGUGCUAGUGGGAAGCAAUUGACAGAGCUCCUCUGCCACCUCCCAAGGCUCUCCGAAUUGUAUAUCAAAGAGUGUAAAAAUAUAACAAAACUUACAGUGGGGGUGGAUCUGCAACAAACAAUAUCAGCAGCAAAAUCAGAGGUUGAGCAGGAGAAAGAAGAUGAUGGGCUGGUGCUCUUCCCGGCCAAUCUCUCUGACUCACUACAGCUGUUGGCCAUCGGGGGAUGCCCAGAACUGGUCCUGGUGGACCCUUCAAGUUUUAUUCCUGAAAGAGGAGGAGAGUUCCCAGGCCUGCGAUCCCUCGAGAUGUUAGAAAUUAUUCACAACCCCAAGAUACUAUCUGGCGUCUCGUUUUCCUGCUGCUUUUCCCCGUCCUCUCUGCAAGAGCUCCGUCUCGAACAUGUGGAAGACAUGGGGACGCUGGAGCCCCUCUCAGACCUCACAUCUCUCACCCGAUUACAAUUGUCGGAUUGCGGAAAGGAUCUAAGAUGCAAGGGCUUGAGGCCUCUCCUUACCGCCGGGGGACAGCUCACAUCAUUAGAGGUCCGCGGCAGCCAUAGAUUCUUUGCUGGAUGGGAUCCUAAUCAUCCUAGUCAGGUGAUGCAGGACGGAGGAAAAGAGCAGGAGCUGCAGCAACUGCAGCUAGUUUCCCCUCCGAGUUCAUCCAAACUGCAGUUUCUCCAUACAGAUGAGGCCAUGGGGCUCCUUGUUGUGCCCAUCUGCAGCUUCCUGUCCUCCUCCCUCACCCACUUGCACCUUGAUGGGAUCUCCCAAGAGAUGGAACGCUUCACCAAGGAGCAAGAGGACGCUCUCCACCUCCUAACCUUCCUCCAGCACCUCCAGUUUUAUGGAUUCAUCAAGCUUCAGAGCCUCCCUUCAGUACUGCACAAGCUUACCAACCUCAAGCUAUUAAGGGUUGUGGUAUGUCCGGCCAUCCGGUCAUUGCCCGAGGAUGGCCUCCCCAAAUCACUCCAAGAAUUAGAUGUAUACGCGUGCCGCAACGAGAAUCUAAAACAGCAGUGCAGGGGGUUAGGGGGAACCAUCCCAAAAAUCAAGCUGUAA